AUGAUCGCAACUCGUCCGUCUACCAAAAAGGUACGGGCAAGGAGUUUGAUUAAAAGGAGUUUAAUGCCGUUACAGCAGUUCAAGUCGACUUCUACUACGGGAUAUCUCGGACAUUAUGGUGAUUUCACCUAUGACGAACGUCGGAGUGACUCUUGUAAACGUUACUCCUCUGAUAAGGUAUCUUGUUUCUCAAGCAGUUGCAUCACCCUGCAGGUCGUAUCCCCUCUUUGCCGCGCUUCCACUUUCAACAAGGUACACCACACUUAUGUAAAUACGUUGAAAUAUGUACUUCGAUACAACACAUUUCGAAAAUGGGCUAAAUCUUACCACGGAAACGUGCGAAAUUCAUUGGGAGAAGAAAUCGCCAAUGUGUGGUACACCAAGCAGCGCUAUGGCAUGGCUCUGAAGGCUCUCGCGCGUGCAGUCAGAAACAGGCGUAUCCAGCAGGCUAAAUGUAAGGCGGACACAUUCGCUCUCAAAGUUAUCUUGAGCCGGUGGAGAGCCAUCGCAAAACACGGGGCUGCAAAACGAUCUGAUAAUGCAACCGCGCUUAUAUUUUACCAAACGUCACUUGCUGCGCGCGCAUUGUUGGCAUUCAAGUCAUCACUUCAACGCAGGAAGAAUUGCAAACGAUAUCUCUACCGUCUUGUAGAUGUCAUAGAAAAGUGUAUCCGCGAUAAGGGUAUAACUCCUUUGCGUCAAUAUGUGACACAGUCGAGGAGGCUCGAUGACUGUGCAGCAAAAAUCGCGCACAGUUGUGAUAUAAAUGCCAAGAAUGUGGCAUUUGGUGCCCUGCAUUUUAUCUACAGGUGCCACGUAGCUUCUUGCCAAUUGGAAUCAUUAUGCUUUUCCUUUGUGUUGCGUAAUGGUUGGGAACGCACAAUUUCAAGAUACAGAAACGCCGUUGAGGCUGUCUUAUGUUAUAAACGUGCUAUCAUAACGGCAGCUGGUCGUCUUACCAAAUGUAUACAUAAUUGUCACAAGCGCGCAUCGUUCGCGGCGUUACUGGACAAUUCUUCCCGUUUUGCCGAAGAGUUGAUGAAGCAACAUUAUGUGGAGGAUUUUUGCAGGCGAAUACUGCUCCAACGUGUCUUUUUUGCCUGGGCAGAGUAUACCGACCAUCGCAAGAAGAGGGCAGACAUGAAACUGGUCGCAGACCUUAACUACAGGGAGGUUCUGCUUUGUCGUUCUUAUGAUUUCAUGAGAAGUGCUUACAUCAGAAGAAUAGAACGCUUCAAUGGUGUCCUGUCAGAGUUCGAAACGUGCCAGAAGCUGCGCCACGAGCGUAUGUAUUUUAGAGCUUUCGCAUCCGCUGUGCAGCGAUGUCGUUGCCUGAGGCUUAACCAAGUGUUGCAGCGCCUCGACAAUGUCUUGAUGAAAUCUCUGGCGCGUAAGCUCUAUUUAAUCGCGCAGAUUGGGAAUGUGCAUUUAGACAUGACUGAUAACAGCCGUACUGCGCUGCUGAAUACAUUUCGUAAUAUGCUCUUUCGACAAAAGCAAGAUGGUGAAGGCCUCUUCGAUUGUUUCAAGGAAACUGUGCUAUUCGACAACAUUCUCCUAGUCCUAAGCUUACCUCUAAGGAGUGAGUGUAUCAUAUUUCUCCAUUUUCUAUCCGGUCUGAAGACACGUGCCAUCGAGUUGAUGGCAGAGUGGGGGACUGAUUUUGACGAUAUAAUCGUUCGUAUUUGUCAGCUGCUCACCCAUGCCGAUUUGGCUUAUCUGAACUCUACCUACGCUUAUCAACUGUAUAUCAUCAGGUUGCGAGGCUUUCCGAGUCUCUGUGCUAAUGAUGAAGCCAUUAAAGCGAGACAUUCUAGCGAAUGCGAAAUAUCUCCUCUGGCGAAAUACGAAGAGGAAUAUGGAGCUUUAAGUCUCACAAUGAGGUCCCAUAGGCACCAAAACCAAAUUGGCGCUAUUUGGCAACCCGAAUCCGUUACGGAUGGCACAUAUCUUAAUCAUCUGGAUUCUAAUGCUAGUUCCCGUUACUGGCGUGUUAUCCCGGAAUGGACCGUAACGCUAUUGCAGAGGUUGACUUUAACGAAGGUUUUUGGUAUAAGGGCUCCGAAUAUGCAGUUUACAUUUUCUUCAAUCAGAUGUACAGCUUUCGAUCUAAUGUGUUACGGAAUGCCCCUGUGGCGCUUGAUCAACACAAUGCUUAUCAUUAAACGCUACUCAUCUGCAUUCAAAGCGUGGAGGAAACACAGUGCUGAAAACAUUCGGAAAUGCGAAAAAUUGACAGAGCAACGCAACGCUAUCGAAGGCCUGUUCAACAUGUCUCUCAGGCUAACAUGCUUCACGCGCUGGCUUAGCGUAGCUAGAAUAUCUCGUGAGCAGAAAACAGCGGAGCUAAAUCAGCGAUGUGAUACGUUCGUAUCGUUCCUCAGCUCCUUGGUUUGCCGAUCUGUAAGCAUUGUCUUCAUGAGACUGCAUCUGAGAUGCAUGAUGUCUACUCACACCGUUAGGGAGCGUUGGCGCUAUAUUAGAUCCCUGUAUAAGGUCGUUGUGGUUUCUUGCCGCGAAGUUGAUGCAUGUACUGAAAUCUCGGCAUUUCGUAGUUAUGCAGUGGCUCGAAAGCAAUUCAACAACUGGCGGAUGCACACCCAGUGGCGUAUCCGAGUCACAGCGCAGGCCUGCGCAUUUUACAGAGAUUUGUAUAUGCGAAAAGGUUGGGAGGCUAUUGAGCAUGCCGCUCUUGAACGUUUUAAUAGACGUCAACACUUGGAACUUACCGUUAAGGAUGGGAUAAGUCGAUGGCGUUUGCAUUACGCUUUAGAUGCAUGGCAUAAGACCACCCGUUGCCAGCAGGCUGUUUUGUCGCUGAAACCGCGUAUACGUCUUUUAUUGAAAGGGUGUUUCAACCACUGGAAUUGGUACGCUCGUAAUGAAGCAAGACUGGCUGGCUGUGUUGAGGCAAUACAAAGAAGCUACGACACCUGCCGUUUGAAGGUAGUAUUCGAUAAUAUGUUGAGACACUUUCAUCGGUGCACUGCCAUUGCGUCACUUGAAUCGCGUGUCCAUGAUACACGUACUAAAAGAUGCAUCAAUUUGAUAUUCUCUACCUGGAGGCAAUUCUCUGAAAGACGCAACUCUGUUGCUGUAGUCUGCGAUGAAAUACGGAAACUACACCACGCAAUGAUACGGGAACGAGUCUUUACUAUUAUGCACCAAGUCACAGAACUGAAGCGAAAUGAUCUGUAUAACUUGAAACGUCGGUCAUACAGGAUCAUGGUCAUCUCUGCUGCUUGUAGUAAAAUCGCUAAAAUGAUCGAUCGUUAUUGGGACAUGAGAGAGGAAGAAGCGUGCCGAGAAUUUUUUGAACUGCAACGGAUCAUGAGGAAAACCGAGGUUGGCUGUGGCGAAAUUGUAUCGGAGCAAAGACGGCUCUACGCAGCCUUGGUUGCGUUAUCAACUCUAAGGGAAACUCGUGUUACCGUGGGUCUCAGGGCAUUGCUAGAAAACGCUAAUUACAAUAUCCGUAUUAAAUUAACUCAAAAAAAAAGCACCUCUGGGGUGUUGUUCAGGGUUUUCCGAUGUUGGAGACGUUGCGCUGUCUAUAGAGUUCGUGCCUCUCUUCCGGGGGGACCUAAUUGUACACCACCAAGCCUACAGACAUCUAUGAAUGAAGAAAUAGAAUUUUCUACAACGUCAGAUAUAUUGGUGCAAGAUGCCAUGGCUACGUAUUGUCUAGCAUUGACAUAUUUCAAGCACUGGCGAAACAUGGCGCUUGUGCUACCCGAGGUUGACACAGCUACAGUAGUUGACGAAUUCCGAACCUACCGCCGUGUGAUGGAUGGUCUUUAUCUGUUGAAACUUCACGCUUUCACAACACUUUGGUACAGGACAUGUAAAGCGCGCCUACAAAUUCUUGGUGAUUCCAUUGAGGACAGACUAAAGUGGUUGACGUUCUGUCGCUGGAAGGCGGUUGCACAACAGAACUCGGUUACGCAACAUAACUAA